UCAAACUGCAAUUUGCUGUAAAAGAGAGUGAGAGAAAGAGCAUAUUUGGUGGCUUGCUGUUACUCCUUCCAUCCUCAACAAGUUUCACAGGAGACAUCAAUUUGGUGUUACUAUUUCCAUUUUCGACAACCUCCACCAUAGACAUUGAAGAGCAGUAGAUCGGUUUGCUGCUAACUUCUUCCAUCUUCGACAAGCGCCACCGGAGACGUUGAAGAGGAAAUGGGCGGAGACGAUGGUAUGAUUGAGCUGUCCAUCUUAUUCCAUCAGGAUGGUAUUAGCAGCAUAGUGAGAUGUAGGCGUGACAAAAUGAUGAAAGGUUUACUGGUAGCUUAUUGUGACAAAAAGCAGGUGGAGUAUGGAGACAUUCGGUUCCUGUAUGAGGGGAAGCGGCUCCCGGUGAAGAAGACCCCGAAUGAGAUGGGCAUGAAAGAUGGGGAUGAGAUCGAAGCAUUUAUGAAUGUUCAGGGAGGAGGCCUGCUCGCCAUUUGAUGAUUGGAUUUCAACUUUCAAUUUUCAGUCUUCAGAAUGCAUGUAUGUGUUUGUCCACUUCUAAUUAUCCUAUGUAGUAAAAUUGGAACUAAGGUAGG